AUGCCAGCAGGGAGGAUUCGUAUAGCGAUGACUGACAACAUUAUAGUAAGUGAGGUUGAUGGUCCCCCGGAUGUAGUUAAAUGUUUUAUUAGGGAAGAAGAUGGACUCGAAGGACAGAGCCGAGAAUUGGUGGUCAUAGGACUAGAAUAUAUAGAUGUGUUUGAAGGGGUAGAACAAGAUGAAGCGCGCAAGAAGUUAAGACUUAGGACUGUCGGAUAUACAAUGGCAGCCUUUUAUUUCAAAGAUCAUACUGCACCUAACCGAAGAUUUUAUAUUCUGUUGAAAGCCACGGGACGGUUGGACUUCGUCAACCUUGAUUACAAAAUAGUGAAAUCUCUGGAAACAGGAAUUGAUCAGGUAAGAUCAGAGCCAAAGUUCAUGUUCCAAGAUCCACUACGAACAGCUCUGGUUUUUAAUUUGUCAUGCACUGAAAUUUACGAGAUUUCUACUGAGGACAUUUUUUGUUUGGAAGAAACAGACGUUAAGCUGAGUUAUGUGACAUCCUCACCGAUAGUAUCCAUAGAUGCGUGUAUCAAUUUCAAUGAUUUCUUAGAUAAGGAUGUCUUUACGUUGUCGAUUCUCACACGUGCACACAAUGAGGUUGCAUAUAAGUUGGAAGCAUGCGUGUGUGUAUUCGAGUCUAAACCAGCCAAAGGAACGAAGUGGCAAAGAACUACCAAUUUAACAUUUGUGGAGGAAGCAACGGUCUCACAAGUACUUCUCAAAUCGGUCACCAAUAUUGGUCAUUUUGUUUUUACGCCAUGGAAAACUUAUUUUAUUAAACAUGCAUUGUCAUCGAAACAGACCAUUGAUGGUAAAACGGUAGACAAAAUAUACCAAGGGCCUGGUGCCUUUGGGUCUGAUAACAUGGAAAGAAUCGAACUUUUGCAGCCUAUUUUAGCGGAUACCACAUUAAAUCAUUUAACAUUUACAUUUAUGACGAGUACUGCAAUUCUAAUAACAUGCAGAAUGAAUGCAAUCCUUAGCAGUUUUGAAGACGAUACGUAUAUCUGGGAAAAGGCCUUGUUUGAGAGGCUUCCCAUCAAUGGUGGUUCCUCACAUGAUCACUACCUUGCAGCGUUUUUCAAUGAGAAGUGUUGGAUACUGGUAUCCCCAAAGGGCCAUCUUACAGUAUAUUCAGUCAGAAAUGAAGGGCAUAGUAAUUUUGUUCAUCUUGGUUCUUUUCUUUGCAAAUCAACCUUAUAUUCCGAUUUGAUAGGGAACUACACCAAGUCACAUUUAUCUUGUGGAUCAUUACACUGUGGGCAGGGAUACUUGUGCUUGAAAUUUCGAUCGUGUGGGGACAUUUUCGCGUCCACUUGCAUGAAGCUACUUUUCAAAAGUAAAGACAGUGUUCCUCGACAAGUUUACUCUACAAGAAAAGGUAUCUAUUGGGCAGAUGUGAAUAAUAAUGUUUACAGAGAUAGUGAGCGAAUAGACUUUGAAAUAAAUGGCAGUUUCAUUGCUACUAAAGAUGGAACUCUAUUGAAAGAUAACACUAUCGUUACUUUGGUCCCAAUUCAAAGAGAUAAUGAGUGUAAUUACGCAUACGUCACAAAACAAGGUUAUCUGAGGUGGAGUUUUUCAAAGGUUUAUUACCGGAUUCAAAACACGGGAGUUGAUUUGACUAUAGAUAAUUGCUUUUUAUCUGCUAUAUCUAGCAAGGGCUCUUUUUUGACUGUACUUGUUCUGAAUGAUGAAAUAACGGUAUUUGAUCAUUGCAACCGUUUGAAAAGCCAGAAAGUAGUUUUCCAUAGACUUUCUGACUUAGCGUCCAUUUUCCUAUAUGAAUACGAAAGCACGGUCUACAUUUUCAUGUCUGACACCGAAGGAAACCUUUGCGUUAUGAAAUUGGCAACUUUUGAGAUCGUAGAAGAGGUUAAAAUUUGCAAGAAGAAGUUACAGUUCUGUGAAGUCCCUAACUCAGAUUAUUUUUUUAUAUAUACAGCCGAUACUAUAAUUUUUUUCAAGCCAAGUAAAAUAAAAGGUAGAUUUAAAAUCCAAGAAGUAUAUGCACCAUGUCCUAUAAGCUGUUUGAUACCUGGAGAAAAAGAUGGCUCAGUUGUUAUGGUUACUUCUCAAGGUCAAUUUUACGACGUACUUGUUCCUGGUGAUGCCGGAAGGGCUACUCUUUGUUCUAAGUUUGAAAAAGUUUUAAAAACAUGUCUCAAAUUUAUAACUUUGGAAUCUUCAUCAAGAUAUGUGAUUGUAGCGGCCCUGCCAGUAGCAAAUCCAUUGCAGGACAAGUAUUCCGAAAUUUAUGUGUAUGAUAUUAAACAGUUCAAAAACAUUUCCGCAUUCAAUUUUUCUAACCUCAACAAUGAUAUCGAGAGUAUAAAAUAUGAAAACGCUAUGAUAUCAGAUAUUAUUGCCGUACCCAUGCUCAAAAGAACCGAAACAUUAGGAAAAAGAAAGACUUCUGAGCUGUAUAAGGAAGUGAUUUUCAAUUCAUGUAUCUUGGUGUCUCUAAAUUUAGACUCAAUAGACGGUAUUGAUAGUAAAAAUAUGAAUAACCUAUUAUUGUUUUCAUUUGAUGAGGAAUCGGGUUUUAUUGAAUUUGUUUUUGGGAUUAACACGGGGUUCUCAAUCAGUGGGUUACAUAACUAUUACAAUGGAUGUGUUUUGGUUUAUGGGGAGUUUGUGCAAGCUUAUCAACUGAACUAUUCAGUUCAUGAUAACAAGUUCAGUAUUGAACAGGUUUCAAAUAGGUUGAAUAUUUCUGGUAUUACAAUAACAUCAUCUAUAUUUUUUGAUAAAAGGAAGGCAAAGAUGGCUAGGAAGCAGCAAAAUAUAGGUACAUGGGUUUAUUUGGAAGAAAUGAUUUUACUUGAUGUACGGAAAGGUGUGAUGAGGUUCAAUGUCAUCCAUACAACAGACGGUAACAUAGAAAAGGUUCAAUUGCAGGUACAGCCUCUGAAUUUAUUUGAGAGGGACCUCAUCAAUAGCAUUACCGACACCGGGAAAAUGUUUACCGGUGCAGCCGCUAUAACUUUCAAGAAUAUUAGGUAUCUACUAAUUUCGUACGGUGAUCAAAAGCUCACGUUAUUUAGUUUAAAACUUGAUGGUGAGGAAGAAAUAGACGAAAGAGUGUACCAUGUUGCUGAGCAAGUUACAACCAUCAACUCUGUAAGAACUACUGAUUCCAGAAUGAGCACGUUUUUAGGCGAAUCUACAUUUAUGCCCUUAUUCUUAGUAAGUACCUUGUCUAACGGUUGUUAUGUGAUCGGAAUCCUGCAUGAAGAGUCAGAUAUCUCAUUACAUAUCUUAUCAGAAAAGAAAGCUGUCUUCGCAAAGCGGUCGGUUCAAAAGUUCCUGGGCUUCCUCGAUCCUCAAAUGGAUGAUCACACUGUAAUAUCUGAAAUUUAG